AAUAAACAGGUAGACAGUGAAAGUGAAAGUCAGUCUCCAUUUUGUGUGGAGGGGAAAAUACAGCAUUUCAGGAGUAAAAACACAGGUUUGAUUUAACACACCGCUGUUGGAGUGAAGUAAACGUAUGUCCUGCUGUAAUCUGGAGAAGGAGACAUGACCUCCAACAUGAGUGUGUCUGGAAAACAGGACUUAAAGAGAGACGAGAGAAUGAUGGAGGGAAAGAGAUCAGACUCACCAGAACCCAGCUGUGUGUCCAUGAAGAGUGACGCGUCAAUGGGUCGUCCAUUUACCUUCAGAGACGGAGCCAGUUCUCCUGAUGUGAGACCACAACAGAAGAAAUCAAACCUCAACAGAAAUCAGCUGGACUCCAUAUUCAAGGAGCUGGAACACAAAGUCAUCUCUCUGAUAAAGAAUGAGCUGAAGAGGUUCAGGAAGCUCCUGAGUCCAGAUUACCCAGCAUGCACUGAGAGGGAGGUGCAGGAUGAGGAGGAUCUGCACAGUGUCAGAGACGGAGCGCUGAAGAUCACACUGCACGUCCUGAAGAACAUGAACCACACAGAUCUCGCUAACACACUGCACAACAAGUCUGUGGCCCCUGUGUAUCAGACAAAGCUGAAAUCCAGCCUGAGAGAGAAGUUUAAAAGAAUUAAUGAAGGAAUCUCACAGCAUGGAAGCUCAGCACUUCUGAAUGAGAUCUACACAGAUCUCUACAUCACAGAGGGUUGGAGUGGAGACGUCAAUAAUGAACAUGAGGUGAGACAGAUUGAGACAGCGUCCAGGAGACCAGCAGCACAGGAGACACCCAUCAAAUGUAAUGAUCUCUUUAAAGACAAGUCCAUCAGAAGAGUGCUGACUAAAGGAGUUGCUGGAAUUGGAAAAACAGUCUCUGUGCAGAAGUUCAUUCUGGACUGGACUGAAGGAAAAUCAAAUCAGGACGUCACCUUCAUGUUUCCACUUCCCUUUAGAGAGCUGAAUCUGAUGAAGCAGAGACAUCUCAGUCUGAUGGAUCUUCUUCAUCACUUUUUCCCUGAAAUGAGAAAACUAGAAGUAAUAGACUCCUACAAAGUGGUGUUGAUCUUUGAUGGUCUGGAUGAGUGUCGACUUCCUCUAAAUUUCCAGAAGAAUGAGAGAUUGUGUGAUGUGACAGAGUCAGUCUCAGUGGAUGUGCUGCUGACGAACCUCAUCAAGGGGAAUCUGCUUCCCUCUGCUCUCCUCUGGAUAACCUCUCGACCAGGAGCAGCCAAUCAGAUCCCUCCUGAGUGUGUAGACGAGGUCACAGAGGUACGAGGGUUCAGUGAUCCUCAGAAAGAGGAGUACUUCAGGAAGAGGAUCAGUGAUCAGAGCCUGGCCGAUAAAAUCAUCUCACACAUGAAGUCUUCAAGAAGCCUCUACAUCAUGUGCCACAUCCCAGUCUUCUGCUGGAUCUCAGCCACUGUUCUAGAGAGAAUGUUGGGUGAAGCAGAGAGUGGAGAGAUCCCCAAGACUCUGACUCAAAUGUUCACACACUUCCUGAUCUUUCAGAUCAAACACAAGGACCAAAAGUACCAUCAGAAAUGUGACCCUGAUCCUCAGCAGACCAGAGAGAGUAUCCUGGCACUGGGAAAACUGGCUUUCCAACAGCUGGAGAAAGGAAACCUGAUCUUCUAUGAGGAAGACCUGAGAGAGUGUGGCAUUGAUGUGAGAGAAGUGUCAGUGUACUCAGGAGUGUGCACCCAAAUCUUCAGAGAGGAGUUUGGGCUUCACCUGGGGAAGGUGUUCAGCUUUGUACAUCUGAGUGUUCAGGAGUUUCUGGCUGCUUUAUAUGUAUUUUUCUGCUUUAUUUUUAGAAAGACAAAUGUGUUGGAACAAAGCACUAGACGUUUUAAUUUCUUCAGAAAGUCAGACAUGUCUGAUCUCCUCAGGAGUGCAGUGGACAAGGCCUUACAGAGUGAGAAUGGACACCUGGACCUGUUCCUCCGCUUCCUUCUGGGUCUCUCACUGGAGUCCAAUCAGACUCUCUUACGAGGCUUAAUGCCCCAGACAGGAAGCAGCUCUCACAGCAAACAGGAAACAGUCGAGUACAUCAAGGAGAAGAUCAGGGAGAAUCCAUCUCCAGAGAAAUCCAUCAAUCUGUUCCACUGUCUGAAUGAACUGAAUGAUCAUUCUCUAGUGCAGGAAGUACAGACUUACCUGAACAGAGGAGGUCACAGUCGUCUCAGUGGAACCAGACUCUCUCCUGCUCAGUGGUCAGCUCUGGUGUUUGUGUUACUGAACUCAGAUCAGGAGCUGGAUGUGUUUGAUUUGAGGGAAUAUGACCCAUCAGAGGAAUGUCUUCUGAAGCUGCUGCCAGUGGUCAAAGUCUCCAGAAGAGCUGUGCUGUGGGGGUGUAAACUGACAGAGGAAAGCUGUAGAGUUCUGUCCUCAGUUCUCAGAUCAAACUCCUCCAGACUGAGAGAACUGGACCUGAGUGACAAUAACCUGCAGGAUUCAGGAGUGAAGCUGCUCUCUGCUGGACUGGAGAAUCCACACUGUACACUGGAGAUACUGAGUCUGUGGGAGUGUAAACUGACAGAGGAAAGCUGUAGAGUUCUGUCCUCAGUUCUCAGAUCAAACUCCUCCAGACUGAGAGAACUGGACCUGAGUCACAAUAACCUGCAGGAUUCAGGAGUGAAGCUGCUCUCUGCUGGACUGGAGAAUCCACACUGUACACUGGAGAUACUGAGGCUGUGGAGGUGUAAUCUGACAGAGGAAAGCUGUAGAGUUCUGUCCUCAGUUCUCAGAUCAAACUCCUCCAGACUGAGAGAACUGAACCUGAGUCACAAUAACCUGCAGGAUUCAGGAGUGAAGCUGCUCUCUGCUGGACUGGAGAAUCCACACUGUACACUGGAGAUACUGAGGAUGUGGAACUGCAGGAUUACAGAUGAAGGUUGUGCUGCUCUGGCUUCUGCUCUGAGGUCAAACUCCUCAUCACACCUGAAAGAACUGAAUCUGAAGGGUAAUAAUCCAGGAGAAUCAGGAGUGAAGCUGCUCUCUGAUCUACUGAAGGAUCCACACUGUAACCUGGAGACACUACGCAUUAAGGAUAAUAAACUCACCAGGACUGGUGUAUGACAGGAGUCUGAUCUCAAACCUCUUCUCCAGGAUAACGCAGUCUUGGUGAAGAGUUAGAACCCGUCCCACAUUUCCAGCAGUUUGGGAGCUGAAUCAUUAAACUUAAAGGGGCAGAGCAGAAACAAAGUCAAGAACAGGCAGAAGGUCGUACACAGGAGAAAUCAACACACGUAACCAAAUAUCUGCUGUACAAAGCAACGGCACCGAUCUGCCCCGGGGAUGGAGACUGACAAGGUUUAACCCUCUUACCCCUAAGUUCCCACAGUAUUAUGUCCCAUAACCCUAUAUUCCCCAGAGAAACAGCACGCCAACCCCGAGUUCCUGGGCCAAAAUCAACAUUUUAAUUUGAACAUUUUUAGGCCUUGAAACAACUUAUAAUAAUGUAUUUGUGUAAUAUUACUUUGAAAAUGAAGCAAUUCAGUGUUUUUACUAAACUUAGAGCACAAUUCUUAACUAGAGAAAUGACGAAAAAUGCUCGCUAAAAUCCUUCUACUCAUUUAGAAGUACCAUACGAGCAUCAGCGUGGUCAAUAUAUUUAUAAAUAAUAAAUAAAUAAAUGCACUUUAGAGCCAAAAGUCAAGUUUCUGGUGAUAAUCAGACCAGCAGGUAGUGUUUUCACGAAUGCACAGAAAUGGUCCCGUUAUGACUCCAGACCCCUGCAGUGUCAGUCGCACACUGCCAAGGUUGCCGUUGUAUCGGGGUAGUUUUACAAGCACGAGUACAUGAACACAGUAUCGGGCCGACACCUGAGUACUGGUAUCGGCAUCGGUGCAUCCCUAACACACACACACACACACACACACACACAGUUAAAUUGGAGCAGUGAACCAUAAGAUCUUUGAUGACGUCAUGUACAGGUCGGAGGUCUAGAACUCUCUUUCUUUCUCUCCCUUGAUAAUUGUUGUUUUAAUGUAAUAAUGUAUACAUUACAUUUAUCUCUGUAAUCUUCUUCCCUAUUUGUGGAUAUUCUCGAGUGAAAUAGUCGAGGCCUCCUACGGAACAUAUUAAGCUACACAGGAGCAGUGCUGAGAAUAAACAUGUCUUUUGGUGCUCAUGAUUAAAUAUGGCAGUUUUAUUAUGAACCCACUACAUUAGAGAAGGAAAUACUGGAUGUGAAGUGUAUUAGUGCUGGUGUGUGUGAAUAGACUAUCAGUUUAGAUACUGACCCUGAACACUACUAACAUGCAGUGCUUUCUUGGGGUGGUGCUGAAGUUGGAGUUGAACCGGUAAGAAAGAUAUUAGAGAGAGGCUUCUUUACACUCCUGAGGAUGUUCAAUUAGAACCUGCACCAAACUCCCCUGAUUCAAGUCAUCAGCUAAUUAAGCGGCCUGCACGAGCUGAGCGAUGAAGAAUCCAUUAAGGUGUACCUCCGCGUGCGACCUUUGACCCAAGGCCGGCUGAGGACAGACGGAGACCAGGAUUUAUGUUUGACAGUGACCUCGGAACACACGCUGCGUCUGAACUCCAAACCCAAGCCGCGAAACUUCACCUACGAUCACGUGGCGGACAUGGACGCGACUCAGGAAUACAUAUUCUCCUUAGUCGCUAAAAACAUCGUGGAGUCGUGCACGCAUGGUUACAAUGGCACGAUAUUCGCAUAUGGACAGACGGGUUCAGGGAAGACCUUUCCCAUGCUGGGGCUGAACGAGCUGACGGAAUUCUCUGAUCAGCUGCGUGGUGCUAUUCCUUGUAGCAUUGAGCGUUUGUAAUCCCUCAUGAGCAGAGUGGGGGCGGAGAUUGUGUGAUCCAGGAACAGGAAAACUGAAGGUGGGAGAAAAGUGUAUAUUGUCGGGCCAUUAUUGAGAAAUGAGUGAGUUAGUCCAUUUGGACCCUUUAUUUUUAUGCUAUAAAUUACGAAUGUGAUGUCUAGAUAAAAGCCCCAAAAAUGAGAAUAAUAAUAUAUUGUUUUUGCGGAAGCUGCCACAGGGCCUAGACGGGGGAGGUUCCCAACUCAGGACGGGGAAAGUAGGCGGCUGCGGCAUCCACAGGGACACAAUGGAGCCCGCGUGAAAGAGAUACAAAACGAUGCAGGAGUAAGUGAAAUUCUGGUUAAAAUGGGGGGCUCAAAAAGACGGUGCGGGGAUAUGGCGCAGUGUGGAAGGGUUGUGUAUAGCCCCAGUCAGCCUCCUCCCACGCUUGAUCAAAGACGCCCAUGGCGUGGAUCAUGUCAAUAAGACUGAAAUGAUCCGGAAAAUCCGUCAGGAAUGGUGGUCCCCUCAGCUGGCCUCACAAGUGGACCAAAUGGUAAAUGUAUGUGCUGUGUGCAUCAACCACAACGUGCGAAAGAACCUCACCACCCCCUUAGGACAUAUUCCCCCGCCGACGGGACCGUUUCGGCAUCUAAUGAUGACUCAUAUAGACAUGGGAGCGGAGUUACAGGUGGAUGGGAAACGCUUCCUUCUGGUAAUAGUGGACCGCUUCAGCCGGUGGGUGGAGGCGACUGCUACUUCUGGGGAAGAUGUGGAGUCCGCCGCUAAAUUUUUAUGUUGUGAGGUCAUACCUCGAUUUGGUAUCCCUGAUUUUUUGAGUUCAGACAAUGGCAUACACUUCAUAAAUAACGUCCUUAAGAAUGUUGCAUCGCCCUUGAAGAUUGAUCAUAAGCUAGGAUGUGUAUAUCUUCCUGAGUCCCAAAGCGCGAUGGAUCCAGGGUACCGCACCCUAACUAAUAAAUUGGCAAAAAUAUGCGAUGAAUCACACCUAAACUGGGUCCAAGCCUUACCACUGGCAUUGAUGAAGAUACGAUCACAAACCAAUCGUAUGACGCACUUGACUCCUCAUGAAAUGCUCACUGGGCGCCCAAUGCCUAUGGCAUUCACCAAAGGUCCAUACACAGAGCCGUCUGAGGCUCAAUUGGAGGGCGAAAUGCAGGAUUAUAUGCGAAUCCUCACUCAAAUUCACAGACAGUUAUAUUCACAGGUUAGAGAAGCAAUCCAUUGUGGGGACGGGGUACGGGAGGAUGUACGUUUAGUGGCACCCGGGGAUAAAAUACACAUUCGUAUGUUUAAGAGGAAAAGCCCCCUCGGGGCACGUCGGGAAGGACCCUUCACUGUGGUCGCUGCAACAGCCUCGGCUGUGAGAGUUGAAGAGAGAGAUCAUUGGUACCACCUGAACCAGUGCGUCUGUGCCAGAGCAGGGACGGGGAGGACCAACAACCCCGGGCCCUGCCACUACAGGGCAGCCCAUGGAGGCGGAGGUGUUAACCGACAGCGACUCGGAUACCUCAUUUAUGGGUCCGGCCUACGGCACUCGAGCCCAGGCUAAACGACGGGCUGUUGAAAGGCUGGAUAGACCGGCCCAGUCGGAUGCUGGUAGCUCAACAGGCUCUUCGUUCCUCUCCUCUCCAUACGAUGAUAUUGACCCUGUUACCUCCCCCCGAGCUGAAGCGGGAGACGUAGCUGCCGUCCCGCUGGUAACCCCACCAGAGGCAGAAUUGUUAUCAACACUCGCCACUCUCUGGCAAUCUGAUAACCUUGAUGACCCCAUGCCUAUGAGCACUAUUGAUUUGGGUAUACCGCAGGCCCUUGAGGUACAGUUAAGCACACCUCCCCUCGUCCCCGUGCCCCCUGAGCUCCGGUCUCCGCAGGGAUCUUUACACACUCCCCUACCAUUGGGUCAAGAGAACACUGGUUCAGUAGAGUAGCUGGGGUGGGGGUGCCUUAUACCACAGGGCUAAGAGUUCCUGUUCAGACCAGAGGGUGAUGUUCGGAAGAACACACCGUCAUUGUAUAAUUUACUGAUCAUGAUCUAGACUGCGUACAGUCCUAUAUAUAGAUUGUGACAGGUCAAUAGCUUGCGUGCCUUUAACGGUAAGUGGAAGUCGGUAUGAUUCCAUGUUUGUAAACUGAAUGAGAACGUUAUCUAAACCACCGAGCGCGCGAGAGAGGGAGAGAGCGCGUGUGAGAGAUUUCUGUUUUCACCCCUUUUUUUUCCAAUCCUUUAUCUUACGCUCUACAUUAAAAUCAAAGUGAUUCAAUAUAUAUAUAUAUACGUGGAUAUAUUCCUGUAAAAAUUAAAAUCAAUCAGCAUGUCUUGAUGUUAUCAGUUCGAAGAGAACUUUAAUAAUAGUUUAUGUGGUGUGCAUUGUGUCACUUAGUUUCUUCCGCAGAGGCAUCUUUUCCUGACUAAUGAUAAGAUUGACAUGUGAACCUGUUCGUUUUGAGUGAUAUUAAUAAAAAACCCUGAAAAGUAAAACCGACCCGAGGUAACAGUCUCUGGCUGAUCACAAUGUGGUCCGUAUCAGGCUAGGUUACAUCCUCCCUGUUGAGAUAAUGUUGAGCCUAAACAUUUGGUUUUAGAGAGCAGUCUACCUUCAUGAACUGACUCGCUAACAAGAGCUGGAGUAACCAUAACUAAUGUGUAUCGGUGAUUCCUAUACGGGUACGUGUCUAUACAAUAUCUUAAGCAACGUAAAUGCGAAUUCUUCUGGUGUGUGGUAUUCAUGUUGCAUAAUGAUGAAUAAUUUCUGCAUGUUUUCUCUUUAAAUGCUGGAUAUGUCCAAUGAUAAGUAAUUAGUAAGAUCAGAUGGCAGUAGUAGUCUGCACAUUUUAAAUUCUUUAUAAUGUGUUGUACGCCUGUUACAGAUGUGAUAUCUGAAUCAGUAACAUUAGAAUAAGGUGAUGAUUUGAUUACUUACUUUUGCCGACAUGUUGUGCUGAUAUGAGUUUGGGAGGUAGUUUAAUUACGGUCCCUUUACAAUAGUGUAGUUUGAAGUGUUUUUUCCUGAACCGUAGAUUGGUAAAUAGAAUAGAGUAGUUAUGCAAAUAUAUAUAUGUGUGGGUGUGUAUAUGUAUAUACAUAUGUGCUAUACGGUGUGCUAUGAAUAUGUCAUACAAAGUAUACGAGUUACAAUAUUUAAUAAUACAAAGCAGUGGUCACAAACUCGAGAACCUGUGAAGUGAAUUGAAUUGAUAAUAUGUUAUACAGCAGCUGAAAACUGAUAAAAACUGAGAGCUGUGAACUGGAUGCAGGUGUGUGUGAUCUGGGAAUUGCGGUCCAUGGCAGCCAGCCAUGUUUGUGGACCGCAGUGAAGGAUGGGAAAUGUGGUUUGUGAUAUGAGUAGAUUUAACACUACCUUAAUAUAGUCAAAUACAGUUUAAAUGAAAUGGAUAAAAUUAUAGGGCGAAUCUUAUGCUUCUUACAAUUGUGCAUUCAGCCAAGGUAACAACUUGGUGGUAAAUUGAAACAAAGCUCACAGAUGAUAAAUUUUAUUUUAGACUAAGUUAAAUACAUAUUCACAUUCCUCCAAAGUGAGCAACAUUUAAAUGUCAUGUAUGAAGGAUCUGAGUGAUAUUUUGAGUACAGUAUUUUGGUACAGUUAUAAGUUAAUAAGAUACAAAAUGCAGGUACAUGCAUGUAUACCAUUUAGACUAAAGACUAGUGCUGUACACAUAAAGCCAAAUUCACUAGGUUGUUUUGAAUGAAAAUUAGUGGGAUAAAAGUGGCUAGAGGACUGUAAAUGCAUAUCUAGAUCUCAACCUCAUUUACUCUAUUUUAGUUCUAUCUUAUUGGGAUUAUCACUCGUUAGCACAGAUGGAAUAUUAAUAUGUUCGGGUAGUGUGCACCACAAAUUUUUAGACUAAAGGAAUUUUGUUUUCCUUUCUCAAUAUCUUUCUGGUAAAUGAAAAACAGGAAGGGAUAAGAAUGUAUCUUUGUCAAUCGGGUUUGUACUUUUAAAAGUAAACAGACUAGAACUAUUUUACAGGGAUAACUAUACAUGAGAGUGGAAAACCCCUUUAAGAGAGGUGUUAUUCGAUUGAUUAGAGCAGUGGAGAUUACUUUAGUAAAUUUUUUUAAAUGAUUCGAUAGACCAACAUUAUUUAAUCUCUGCAGCAAUAUUUCCUGAUUCACUGUGUUGAGAGCCUCUUCUAAAUCAACAGACAGGGAAGUGCAGAGGGAACUGUGACAUUGUUUUAAGACUUUCAAAACAACAGUUGUGUUGAUAUGUUUGUAUGACCUUAGACUUCUUGCAGACUGAUAACAUGUGAACGGUUUACUGAAAAAGCUUUCUACAAGGGACAUAGGCGAGGAGGCCGUGUUAUUGGAUUGUAAUGAUCUAAUAUAGUUGGAUGUCCCUGAUUUAAUGUAAUAAAUAAAUAAGAAAACUGAUUUCCAAAUUUCUGGUAUAACCCCAUUGUCUAAUGAAAGAUUAAAAUGAUAAAUUGAAAGAGAUGAAAUAAUAGUUUAGAAAUACAGACUCCACACAAUCAUGGCCUUGUGAUGUGUUUAUAUCGAACUUGAGUGAUCUGUAAACAUCACAAGUCUUAACACGUUAAAAACUGAACUCCUCAUUUUGAAUUGUUUUUAAUAGCUUCCUGCUUUAUUAAAAUCAGGGUACUGUAAAUCACGAUAAAUAUUCACCGUUUUAAGGCCUAGAUCUGAUGCAUAAAUUGAACAUUUAAUGAUGGGUUUUGCAGUUGUGUGUUCCCAGUUGUCUGUCUCCAGUUUCCAGUACUAUUGUCCUGUAAACAAUAUCUUCGAUCCUCAGAGGGAGGAUGAAAGGACAUGCCCACUUAGUCUAGCAUUAUUACAGCAAGCUGUGAUAACAAAAGCGAUAAGUUUUGCGAUACAACCAACCCACCCAGUAACCAUUAUCUAUAGUAUGAUGUAUAUAGAAUAUAUAUAUAUAUAUAUAUGUAUAUAUAUAUAUAUAUAAGAUGUCCCAAUUGUAACCUAUAACUGUAAUUCCAUUCCACAUGAUAUUAUUAUGGAUCCGCGCUUUUUCCAAAUGACUGCAUGUGAGAGCUCAAGGCCAUUAUUCCUCUUAACAAUUCCUAGAUCGGUAGUACACCUGGAAGCGUCUCCUUCGGGGGCUGUGGGCUCCCCUGCGGUGUACUCCUCUGUGGUCAUAGCCUCCCUUGCACGCUCCCAAGGCCGUCAGGACAUGAUUGGGGUCAUCCUCCGCCCCAUAAAAGCACAACAAAUGUUCCUGGACGUUAUCAAGUAGGGUCUGCAGUAGAUCACUGAUUGCUCACUACAGGACAACAUCCUGAGAUCCGGGUGUUCUUUGGACAAGCCUGACAUUGAAUGGAUUUAUGCUUUACACCUGAACUAUGGCUGACAAACAAUAACAAAGACUGUGUCUUACAUGUGACUGAAGGGGUUGGGUGCUGCUGGGGGGGUCCCGGCUCAGGAGAAUGGGGCGCUUACAGGGCUGAAAUUUAUGUAUUGAAAACAAUGGAUUUGGUGGCACAAGGAUUGCCAGGCUGCAGAUGCUCUCUUAGUGCAGAUCAUUGAGAAAAUUGCUCUCUCACACAUCGAUCUUACGUUUAUCACACCAGGUCAUUUUUAUUUUGAAAGAACAUGAUAUGGGGAUAUGGGGUUAAUCGAGGUGCCACCCGAACUAAAAUUCUUAAACCUGUUAGUGUGCCUAACUCACCAACUGUAGUGUUGUAGUGGUGUAAUUAAUUCUGUGGAGCCAGUCACUGAGAACACUCACGAUUGCCCAGCCGAAAUUCGUAUUUCCUUGAGCUUAAAAGUUUCGGAUCGGAAAUUUCAGAAACAUUAUGAACACCCUGUUCUGCCCAAUUGGCUAGAACAAAAGGAUAGAAUUGUUUAAAAAAAUAUAUAUAUAUAUAUAAACACUGACGUUUAGGCCCAUGGAUUGAGGGUCACCUGAAGUGUGCUCAAGAUUUUUUUUUUUUUUUUUUCCCUUGACCAGGGAUAGGUCUGGCAUACCCUGAUUUGUGUUGGAUGCAAUUUGUGCUGAUACUAAACGUAUUUCGGUAGAUGCUCUACCUCUUGCACUAAUGACCUAUCACAUGCAGACUAACAGCAAUAUGUAUCUAACACCGCAUGAAAUGCUUACGGGUCGACCCAUGUCUGUGUCUGUUCCUUAUGAUGGACGGCCUCUGGAGUAAUUGCAGAUGAAUCGAAAAACAUAUAUAAGACCACUAACUAUUAUGUAUGGAGCUAUCUAUUCACAGGAACACAGCUAAGUGCAGUGUUAUCAGUGUUAUGUGUGAGGCGUCACCGCCUCAACGGGGGGAGGUGUUCGGAGGUGUUCGGAGGUGUUCACCCGGAGGUGGGAGUCCCGGAGCCGCGAGAGAAGGCUGACUACAGGGCAGCAGCGGACUAGAACAUGCAACCCCUGGAGGAUGCUCAAUCCUCCAAUGACGAGAUGGUGGGGAACACGUGAAGGUCCGGUACGAAGCGUCAACGGGGGGUCUGCUCUGUGGCAGACAGGAUGAGAAGAUGUGAAGAUCCAUACCCUGGGUGUACGUGCUAGCCUAACCUCUCCCCAAAGGGUGGCUCUCUACAGUACGUAAAGUGCUUGAGCUGAAGACAACCAGCAUACAGAGAGAUACAGAUACUGCAUACAACAGACUGUCAAGUAUUGUUAUAAAAUGUUAUAAAAUGUUUGUGAUGUGACGCAAUCAGGCACAGAAAAGUAUAAUGGUGCUGCCGAGCACAUAGUGCUGGCAGGGUGGGAAUUUUUCCCUCGUAGGAGGUUUUUUCGCCCACCCCUGACUGCAAAAGACUGGGGUUUGGUUUUUGAGGGGGAGCAAGAACCUGCAGGUGCUGACAAAUACAAAACGUACGGCAGUAGUAGUAGUAAUGAAUGAUUAGGGAAACUCAGUUAAUCACACUUAUAAUCGAUGUAGGGUAUAAUCAAAGUAGUUAGAUUCAAAAUGAGAUAUAUAUAUAAAAGGAGAAGUAAGUUAAGGGUUAAGAGUUAUGACGAGGUACAUCUACACAUGUCUCGGAUCAGUGUUGCGUAGAAGUGGUUAAUUUAAGGGACCCAUUUGAGAACGGGGACGGGCGCAGGGAUUAUGGCUUCGUUAGAGUAAUCCUCUGACAGCUAGCGGGGGACGGCCAUGGGGUGCGGCAGAAUCAGUUCCUCCACUCUUAAUUAAAGUAUUGUAUGAGGCUUCAUAGCCUCAGAGGAGGGAAAUGUUGUGGAUAAAAAUGACAUGAAAUAAACACGAGGGAGAUUGAGUAUGAGUAAAAAUGUAAUUUUAUUGGUAAUUCACAGGACGGGUGGGUGCGUAGUCUGGAGGAGAGUAAGAGGGGGAGGAAAAUGGGGUGCGUCCUGGGGACAUGGGGAAAUCAGGGUGGGUGAAGUGAGCGGACCACUGAGAGUCGGGCGGACUGGUGGGUGAGAAGAGGGACGGAUGGUCGGGACCCGGAUCGGAGAAGACAACAUCAUCAUCCUCGGAUUGGAAGCUGGAGGGGGGUUCUGGGUCUGACUGUGUAGAGGCGUCAACACGCACGUUCGUGGGGCAGAUUCUGUACCGAAGAAGAGGGGGGAACCCCGGAUCUCCAUUCUUAGGGGGGGUGCUGCGAAGAUAGUUAAGUAGCAUCAUGAUAUCAGCAGUGAGAUGCACAAGCUGGUAAUGAGUGUCCAGAUCCAGGUCCAAACCCUGAUCCAGGUCCAGUAACGGAGAGAGAGGGGACUGACGACGGGCACUGGCACCUGGACACAUAGAAGCGGGAUUAGGCGGAUUGGAAUUACGAGCAAUUUAAGAGCAGUAAUAGUAAAAAAGUCAAAAAGAAGUGUACGAGCUGAGGAGUGCUAAAAACACACACACACUCGUACCGUCAAGGGCGGGCAGGUAGACACAACAUACAUACACACACACUCUCUUCCUCAUACACACACAUGAAUAACUUUAAUAGAAUCUUAUAGUAAUAGAGAAACUCUAUAAAAAACAGAAUUGUAGGAUAUGCAGGACAGUAGAACUGUAAUGAUAUUAAGAAGUUGGAAGUACAGUAAACCGCUUUUCAAGUAGUAUAAAUAUAUAUAAACUAAGAAAUAUAGUGCAAAUAUGAAAAUAAAUUAUAAACGAGAAAUACAGGAAAAAAACAGGAAAAUAUAACUUACUCAUGAUUCAGAUGGUGAAGAUUCUCAAGGAUUUUUUUUCGGAUACUGAAAAAUUUAUUGCUUCAGCAGUAAAGUUACAACGUACAGCAAGUUACGAGGAGCUAGACCAAAGGAAGAGAUACCGUUUAAAAAAUCAUCUAGCUAGAUUACAGCCUGUGCCUUACUUCAGCGCAUUGAAGACCUGGUGUACGAUAAACACCUAUUCGUGCUGAAUCUGAAGGAAAUGGACCUAUCAGCUACAACAACCUUCUACCAGUCUGUCCUGAGAGCCUGGUCUUCAGUACUGAACAUCAGCAGGACCGGUGCAGACUUUUUUCCCAACAUAGAAGAAGAGCCGUUGAGUGGGCGGAGUCAGAGCGGAAACAGCUAUGAGGAAAGAAGGAGAAAGGUUCGAGAGGCUGAGGUUUGAUCUGACCUUCAGACCAGAGGGGACUUCAAUAUCCUUUACAGAAAUGCUGACCAGUAACCACACCAUCUGGCAGCCUGAGGAUUUCACAUGUGAACCUGAACAUGGCCCAACUCUGUAGAUGACUUCAGUGGCCUCCAUGUUUACAUGUGACAGCGUGCUGCGGUGACGUGUUUUUUGUUUGUUUGUUUGUUUUUUGUGCGCAUACGGGUAAGUUUAAGACCAUGAUCAGUUCAUGCUGAAAUCUGACAUUGGCCACAUUUUAAAAAUUAGAAUUGAGCAAUGAGGCUUGCAGUGUGAAUGUAGCCUUUGUGUCCUUGUGGACUCCUUUAACGUCAUCAUCCACUGCCGAAGUUCAAGUCCACUGCUCAAGAACGCAAAUACAGAGGACACAUAAAAAUUCCCAGAUGUAUUAUUCUUGAUAUUGAGGAUGCAUUGGAUAGUGAGCUGUGCACAAGUUGGAAAAUCCCAGAAGUCUCUGGGGCACUAUGACGCUGGGCAAUAGAAGCUGUCGAUCAGUGUUAGGAUUGAUUCAAAAGAUUUGAAAAAUUCAUAUUGUCAAAAUUAGUGUGAUAUUUAAUGUAUUUGAUGUGAUAUUUUAACGUCCAAACCCACAACAGCCUCAACAGACUCUAUUACACGGAUGCCAAAGGACUCCUCAGACCCCUACUCCUGAAGUUAUUGUCACUCCACAAGAGCCUUCAAGAUCUGGGUUCCAAGAAACACCUUUCCGUGGAAAGAGCUCUACAGCCACCUGAAGUCAGUGUCAGUCCAAACCCACCACAGCCUCAACAGACUCCAUUACAUGGACACCAAAGAACUCAUCAGACCCCUACCCCUGAAGUCACUGUCUAUGCUGUCCGAAAGAACCCAUUAACAUCAAGGGCAACAAGUGCUGAGAUUGUGACGGUGAUGAAAAGGUGGCUGCAGCUGGCUUCAGACCGUGGAGGAGGAUGGAAGAGGUGCAACAAACAGUAGCUUGCCCUGACUAGGAACGCAUAAACCAUUAUAAUCAACGAGGAAAAAAUUCAGCGGUGAUCAUUCUGGAGCUGACGAGUGUAUGCCCAGGAUGACUCUCUCUCCCCGGGCAAAGCCUGCGAACUUCACCCACUGCCCGGAGCUCAGUCCAUGUACUUUUAAAAAAAAAAAAAAAAAAAAAAGGACAGGACAUUUCGGCAGUAUGGUCUUGCCAUGAGUGAUGCUACUGUACAUUUGGACAUGUCAAAAUAUUCAGACAAGCGGAAUUCAGUUCAAACUUUUUAAUGAAACGCUCACGACUCCACGACUCAGCUCCUUGCUGUGGCACAUAGUUUUGGUCACGAGCAUGUGCCAUUCGUCAGACAGAUUGCGUUCGCACUGUGAAGAGGAGACAUUUCUCCAUCACUUUAACGUUUAACAUUGGAAUGAAUUUGUUAAAAAAACACUUUAAAUCAUGCUUACAUAGGUUGCUAGAGCCGUGCGGAUGCCCCACACAGUGAUGUCCCUUCCCACGAGUGCCCGCAGGGCAAGCUUGACAUGCGCAGAAAUCCUGGCCUGUGUGCCAGAAAAGAAAAGCCACCCCACAGAAGUCUCAUAUCCCGCCAUAUGCUUCCUCAGAAAGCUUUCAGCCACUUCAGCUCCAGCUUGGUGACGGCCAGCUUAGCGAGUCCGAAAGCGGAGGCAGGUUUGUGCUGCUUCACCUGGGAGAAAAGGACAAUGAAUGAAAAAUAUUAAACACCCCCAUGUACAACACAGCAGCCCCUGGAAAUAAAAGUGAAAUACACAGAAGUUACUUACAUUGAUCAGAAAGAGUCCGCCGUCAGCCUUCUCGAGGUUCUCAAACUCCUCGGCCGUGAGGUUCUGCAGGACUCCGGUCCUGUGUCCGCUGAGAAGUGAGCACACAGCAGCCCGAUGCAACGGUUGAGCAUGUCCGGGUCUGCUGGACGAGCCUUCAGAUCAGCCAGCGAAGCAGGGACAGCGUCCGACAGUUUGCCGUGCAGGAGCUGUAAGUACUCCCUCGCUCUUCUCCGCUCGCGGUCCCUGGAGACUUGACAGCCUCGUGGAGCCAACUCGGCCCUCGGACAGCCUCUCAUCGAGUUAAUGGAGGAACUUGGAAACAUGCGUCAGAAAUAACCUGGCCGUAGUGACCUUGUACCGCUGGCACAAUGAUUUCAUCCAUUCAAAGACACUCGAGACAUUGUCGAUGUACUUCAGGUGGGCUGCCAGGGGACUGUCCGCGUUGGCCCACAUAAAGUGAAGGAAGCGCUCGACGUGUCUCCUCUCCUGCUUGCCGUUGGCCGCAGCUUUGGGGACAUCGCUGAGGCCUGUCAGCCAAGCCGUGUACACUUAACAUUGGCUCUGGAAAAGAGAAAAAAAGGGGGGGGGGGUCAGUGAAAGAAAAACAAAUUUCAUCCUGGGACGUCCACCCCGGGCGGCUAGCUGGAGUUCGCCGCCUUUACCCGGGAAUAAUGCACUAACGCCGGACACACACACACACACACACACACACUAAAAAUAGGCCUAGAGAUAGUUAAGGUACUCACACACAGAGCCACUACUCUUUCCGGGCAAGCUUCGAGGUGUUGGUGCAGCAGAACAAGUCAGAGAAGAAGCCGAGCCGAGUCAGAGAAGAAGUGUCACUGGAGUCAGGAUCACACUGCUGGUACUGGCAGUGUCCGGCUCUUUUAAGAACUCACUUACACAUGAUGUGUUACUCACUGUAGGCCAAUCAGCUACCCAUUACCAUUCUGUUUCUUUCCAGCAAAAAAGCUUUUUAAUGCAUUAAAACUCGUGUUGUGUUUCGCUAAAAGGGAAUGCUGCAUCCAUGGAAUUGUCAUUGCCAUAUCAUGGCACAUAUGGAGAAAUGAAGCAUUUGUUUUAAUUCUAUGUUGCUUGUAGCAUUUUAAGACGUAUUAAGGCACAAGUGAGGUGUAAGAGGCUGUGCUACACCCCACACAGUCAGCAGAGGACAGCAGCAGUGCACAGCAAGAGUUGCCGUGUGGGGGAACUCAGUUACCCAGAACACUCCAGACUGAUUAACUGGGAUUGCCUGCACUUGCCAGGCCGAAUGCUUAAAGCCAGACUUUGAGGCCACUCUUUGUCAUACCUUUGUAGAGUGGAGAAAAAUUGCCUGAUGUGGGAGCUACUGGGGAAGGGAAGUUGGGUCAGAGCCACUCAAAUGGCUUGCCAGGUGUCCCCUCAGGAAAUUCUUUGAGCAGGGGGCUCACAACCUAGGUAAAAUCAUCUCCCACCCUCCCUGCUCCACUUUGGUUGCUCUGCUUCCUUACUCAGCUGAGGUCAUUACUCUGCUGCCUGGUUCCACUGAGGACAUCCCCUAACCCUCUGCUCUGCAGAAAAUACCAUUACAGCUCAUGGCCUCACCACUCUGUCUCUCUGCUCUGCCUCCAAUGUCACUACACCACCGUGUAAGGCCUGACAUUCAGAGUAUUCUACGUUACACCCAUACUGUUCCUCAUUAUCUCAAUAUCAUUCAAAAAUUGACUGUUCUGUCUCAGAUGAGGCAGAUGAUUUUGAAGCUGUGUUUCCUGAUGUUGGUGUUGCACUUCCACCAAAAAGUGUUAGUGAACCUAGUAAUCAUUUCUACAUUUGAAUAUGAUCAUGAGGCACAUGGCACUCACUUCACUUAUUCUACAGGGUUCAGCAGGGAUUUGAUUCAACCUACUAAAGAGUGGAGAAGCGGAUACCAGAACUUUGCAUGCUGCAUGCCCAGUUUUUGUAGGCAGUACGUGGGACAGCAGUGUGAAGUGGUGUACCACUAUGUGAGGAGUGAGAAGUAUGCUCCGAGGAUGAGGAGAUGGAGCAGGAUGACGUGG